UAUCCCGUAUUUCAUUUUCUCGUUCUUCUGUUGUUCUCACUCAAAGGAAUUUUAGCCACACGAAUGUCCAACCUUCUCAAAAACGGUGCUGAAAACCAAGAGUUCUGCCUUUCGGGCAUCUUCGAUCACUCCGCUCUGUACGGUUCAUGCCAAACUUUUCCACUAUAUCGGUUCAAUACAUGCCGGAAUUGUACAACAUGACUUACAUAACUCCAAUUUCGUACUGUGUUGUGCCAGAUCUAAUCGAUCACCAUGACCUCCAAUCUCAACAAGUGGUCUUUACCCCCAAGCUUUUGUUUCUACGGGUUACUGAUCGGAAUCAAAGAGGGACCUUAUCUCUAGACCUCCAUCACACGGUGAUUGGAUGAGGGCCGGUCUGUCAAAAGCAAGAACCAGGCCAUCGAAUGCCCUCGUGUUUAGAAGCAGUCUAUUGGAUUCAGGUUUUCUGCAUGCCAUAUGGGGCCUAUAUGUCACAUCUCGCAAUCAACCGCAGGAUAUACGACAUCGGCACUAUGUGCAGGUCAUCAGCAUCCGGGGUUGUGCUCUGAACGCUCGUGAUUCGUCGUGUUCUUUGUGCGUUCAGCUCCUAAAGGGCAGCAGGUCUUCAUUCCUUCCCUCCUUUAAUAUUAACACGUGCUUUACUUCUAUUCCAUCUUUCAUAAAUGAUUGGAUCUCGAAACGACCAUACUUCGUAGACAUAUCAUUAGCUCCAUGGAGCUGGGUACCCCAGGUGGAUAACACACCGGUCAACGCGUCUAGCUCAAUUCGAUCGCGCAUAGAAAAAAUGAGGUGUCGCAGCAUACAGAGGGAAGCAGAAUUUUCAUUACCGAGCGAUGAAAGUUUAUGUACCUUGGCGACUUCUGCAUUAGGCCAAGCGGAUCGAGGUUGCGGAGAUGAUCGAUAGUAUGACUGUACAGUACCGAUGCAGCGCUCUGUCUCGCUUCGUCGAGUACACCCACCAUGGGCAUAUUUUCACGAGCGGAUAAUGCUACUGGGGAUUCACUGGAGCACCUAAUAAGUUGUGAGAGGGAAUGUUGUAGACAACUCUCCCUUCAAGCAACCUGCAAUCUGAUGGAGUUUGGACUCUGAUAUCAGCCUUGCUCCGUUCGCGCGUGUUACUGUUUUCGUUCAGGUGGAAUACAGUUGACCGAGCCCGCAGUUGUGUAGUACACGAUACGGAAUAACUUCAUACAAACUUAAUUUGAUAAUCCGGGUGACCCAAGGCCGUGGGGUGGAUCCUGAUCUCAUAUGAGUGUUCGCAGAUGGAUACCUACACGCCUGUCUGCCAGGAUGACUGGGCGGGGGUGUCGGUCUCGAUGCCGCUACUACGAAUGCAGGGCAACCUCGUUUACAGCGGUCAAUGUGAAGCUUUGCUUUGAAUUCCAUAAUUUCAGAAGCAUACGUGCGUAUUAUAGCUGCGGGCAAAUAUACAGAGUCAUUAGUCAACUAAAAUACACAAAGGGUGCUUGAAUUUCGGAACCCAACUGUUCAACGCAUGUUUCCGCAAGUUUUUCCAGUACGGUGCGACCAGUUUUUAACAUAGGCGAAACAUUGAAAAGCUCAGAUCAUUGCUCCGGUUCGGUUUGAUCCAUGGCAUAUUCGUCAUGUGCAACAAACGUGUUGUAUCCAGAGUAAGUCAAGAAACCGUAUCUCCCACAAUGAUAUCACUUUCGCUGUUACAUGACAGCUUGAUUGCUUCGCGCAUCGUUUCACUGAAUUAUUUUCGAUUCAUCAGUGAAGAACCGUGCUUUACCUCG